UUCGAUCAAAGGUUUGACAGUACCACUUAUUUCCUCGGCCGAAUAAACACACAAACUAAAAACACUUUGUAACGUACCUGACUACACCUGACAUACAAGAACAAAUAAAAAAAGCAGGAUAAAACGUAACUUUAGAAAAAAUGUUUUGCAAUAUGUUUGCUAGCAGAACUUUUGUAAAAGUUUGCAUGUAUUUGUCUUGUCUUGCUGGCCUUGGUAUCGCUUCCUUGAUCAAUGCUGAAGUCAUUUCGUCGUUCUUUGGAGUAACGAGAGAGAAGGACAUUGAAAGAAAUAGCCUUGAAGUGGCUUCUUUUACACGAGAAACUCAAGUAUUAAACUGUGUGCUUAGUUGCUUGCGAGAAAAGAACUGUUCACUGUCAAGCUUCAAUGGUAAAGAUAUUGGAGCUUGUCUUCUUUAUCGUAAAAGCAAUUCUUCAGAGCUUGAAGAUAGUAGUUUGAGAAGUCCAGACUUUACCCAUUUCAAGAAGCUUGGUGAAUAUGAUCCUCAAAAAAAGCGAUUCAUGAACGACCCAGAUCUAGAUGAUGGCUCUAUUUCAGCCUUCAAACAAUCGAAAAGUGAACCUACUUCUUGCGCUGAUAUUAACAACAAAACAAAUGGAAUAUACAGCAUAAAGCUUCCAGAUGACAAAUAUGCACAAGUGUAUUGUAUCAUGGAGAAUAUCACAGGAUGUGAUAAUGGUGGCUGGGCACUCGCCAUGAAGAUUAAUGGUUACAAGUCAACGUUUACAUUCGAGUCGUCUUACUGGACUAACACACAAACUCUGAACUACCCGACAAACAUGGCGAGUCUAGAUGACGAAGAAAUKAAAUCUCCCAUAUUCUCUGAAAUUAAAGCAAGUAAAAUCUGCAUUGGAAUGAAGCAAGGAAACGAGACGCGCUGGCUACAAAUUCAACUUAACGUAAAUUCUCUUCGCUCUCUUUUCGCAAGCGGGAAGCCUUAUGGGACUAAUCUUGGGAAGUCUUCUUGGAAAAACCUGAUCAAAGGAUCGUCUGUACAAGAAGUUUGUUCCGUAGAAGGCAUCAAUCGUGUCACCGGGAAGCCAGGCUCUGUACUUAAGAUAAGAUUAGGAUUAAUAGGAAGCGGUAAGCCAUGUAAUGCCCCUAAAUCGUUCAUUGGUUUUGGAUCGAGUAUUAUAGCGUCCAGUGGGAACGUUAUUGUGGGACAACAUGAAAUAAAAACUUUUGGAUAUAUUUUAGUGAAGUGAGGAAAGAAAAAAUGAGGGAUGCUUCAUUAGUUGAUGCACUAUUACUGAUAUUACUACCACUGACAGUUUGCUUCAGUGGUGUAACGUUGGUUUUGAGGAGUGGCUGUAGACAACAGUUUUACUUAACAAAAGCAUACGAUUUUAAAUCCUUAACCCUUUUGCCCAGAUAAAAACAUAAUGGUAUCAAGACAAGACGYAUUAUGAGCUUUGUUUCCUUUUAAAUAGAAAAUUUCUUUAAACCAAAUAUUAAUGAUAUGUUAUUCUGAAAUAAAAACAGAGCUUGGGCUUCCUGUGGUCUACAACUGCGGUUGUCCGUUUAUCGGAUUCAUUUACUUCUGUUAACAUAUGUAACUAUGAAUCUAAUAAGRAUAGGAAUGAAAAAUUAAAACAAAAAUGAAAUAAAAUAAAAUA